GUGAGACACCGUAUCUGGCUAGGGGACUGUUUUCCAGUAACUCCCAUCCACAGCCGUUGGUUGCCGUAGCAACAGAUCCUGCCCGUCCUAGAGCAGGAUAUGGCGGCCACCUCCUCCUCCUCCUCCAGCAGCGAGAGUAAUGAAGCCAACUCCAAAUGGCUGGAUGCCCAUUACGACCCCAUGGCCAAUCUCUACACGUUCUCCUCCUGCAUCGCCCUGGCUGACCUGCAUGGCGAUGGAGAGUACAAGCUGGUGGUGGGUGACCUGGGCAUGGCUGGACACACCAUGAGGCUGAAGGUGUACCGGGGCACGGGGCUGGCCAGCGAGAGCACCUUGUUGGACCUGCCGGCUGCCGUGACCACCUUCCUAAUGGACCAGAAUGAGCCACGCACGCCUGCCGUGGCCGUGGCCUCCGGACCAUUCAUCUAUGUCUACAAGAACCUGCGGCCCUACUUCAAAUUCACCCUGCCCCCCCUGGAUGCCAACCCCCUGGAGCAGGAUGUCUGGGAGCAGGCCAAAGAGGACAUGAUCGACCCCCUGACUCUGAAGGAAAUGCUGGAGGGGAUCCGGGACAAGGCGGAGAUCCCCCUGUCGGUACGAUCACUGAGGUUCCUGGCCCAAGAUGUACCAGAGAUGGAGAAUUUUGUAAACCUACAUAAGGGGCAACCGAUCAAGCGCCAGACUGUCAUCACGUGCAUGAGCACACUGAAGAAGAACAUGGCAGAUGAGGACGCGGUCAGCUGCCUGGUGAUUGGGACGGAGAGCGCCGAUGUCCUCAUCCUGGACCCUGAAGCCUUCACUAUCCUGGCCAAGAUGACGUUGCCAAGCGUGCCAGCCUUCCUGGACGUGAUGGGGCAGUUCGAUGUGGAGUACCGGGUCACGGUGGCCUGCCGGGAUGGGAGCAUCUACAUCCUCCGCAGGGAGUCCAAGCGGCCCAAGUACUGCAUCGAACUGAGUGCCCAGCCCAUGGGGCUGGUGCGGGUACACAAGAAUAUCGUGGCUGGCUGCUCCGACGAAACCCUGCAGGGCUAUACACAGAAGGGGAAGAAGCUGUGGACAGUCUAUCUGCCAGCCCCACUGAUGACCAUGAGCCUCCUAGAUCAUAAAUCACGCGGCUUCCAGGCUGUGAUGGUAGGUCUGGCCAACCAGGAGGUGCACAUGUACCGGGAUAAAAACCUUGUGGACGUCAUCCGCACCCAGGAUGUGGUCACCAGUAUUUGCUUUGGCCGCUAUGGGCGUGAGGACAACACCCUGAUCAUGACGAGUAAAGGCGGGGGGCUGAUCAUCAAGAUCCUGAAGCGCACAGCCGUGUUUGAGGAGAAGGACAUGUCACUAGGCCCUCCUGUGGCCCAGAGCAUCCGACUCAGUGUGCCCAAGAAGACCAGGCUUUACGUGGACCAGACGCUGCGGGAACGCGAGAAUGCUGUGGCCAUGCACCACGUGUUCCAGAUGGACCUGUACCGGCUGCGGCUCAUGGCAGCCCGGGCCUAUGUCAAGGCGCUGGAGUCCAGCCUGGCGCCCAUCACAUCCACACUGCAGGAGCCCAUUAAGAUGAAUGCAGUGGUCCAGGGCAUCGGCCCCACCUUCAAACUGACCCUCCACAUUCAGAACACGUCAGCUGGGCGCCCUUCCAUCAACCUGCUGGUGAGCUUCCUUUACGACCAGAGCCUCUAUGCUAUGAAGAGAGCCUUCUUCAAGGCCCCUAUGCUGGUCCCGGGACUGAACUACCCCAUUGAAACCUUUGUGGAGUGUCUGAGUGACAAGGGGAUCUCGGACGUCAUCAAGGUGUUUGUGUUGCGGGAGGGCCAGAGCAUGCCCUUGCUGACUGCCCAUAUCAACAUGCCAGUGAGUGAGGGCCUGGCUGCUGCCUGAACCGCCUCUGAGGGGCAAUGGAGACCAGAGCUGCAGUAGAUCCCAUAGGAACCCUCACUGGAUCAGAGCCAGGACUGGGAGCCGAGGCCCCCUGCUGUGCAGUGAACCACAAGCUGCCCCCAGGGUGCACUCUGCUGAUGUGGGACCAUGUAGAGGGGGUGUCGGGGCUGCCGUCCCCACCCCAGCCUGGGGUGCAGACCCAGCUGCUUUGUCCGGGAUCAGGCCAGCUCCUUACAGCAGGGGGGGCGGGAGGACUUAUGCCUGGUUUGGUAUCAAGAGCUGCUGGAGGAUGGGGUGUUUCUCUCCCAUCCACAGCCCUGGGGGUAGCACCUAGAAACCCCCUUAGCUGUGAUCGUAGCAUCCCAAUAAAGCCAGGACAGUUGCUGUACCGAGGGUGUUGGUGUGUGGAGUGUGCAGCGUGGGAGGAGUCAGGGGUGGUACUCUCAGGUUAACAAUUCAGCAACCUCCCCCAAUCAAAGGGGCCACACACAUAGCAUAUAAAAUCAGUUUAAUGGCAGUUUCGUAGGCCCCUUUUGCUGCUGCAGCAAAGGGAAGGAGCAUUCACUUGGAGGCAGUGUUGCUGGAAGGGCCAAGUCCAGCUCUGGGUACCUGUGGGUAUGAAGCUAUAGCAGUCUGAGUAUCGAAUUUAUUCCCCCAUCACACAGCGAAGGCCCAUGGCCCCAGUUAUUUCUAUCUUGGUGGUGGCAGGGGAGUCAGCAGGCUCUCUGCAGCAGCAGCAUCCCCUUCAGGGGGGCAGUGGACUUUAUGUCCCAGGACCCCAAUGCGGUUGACGGUGGCUGUUACAGGGAACAUGGUGAUGCCACAGGCGUUCCUGCCGCGAUAGAGACGGUAAUAGCCCUGCCGAGGGGACACGCAGUUAGGGACAGAUGGUGCUGGACAGCCUUUCCUCACCCAGGGCUGCUCUACACUGGGAACUUACAUUGGCAUAGCUCUAUCUCUCGGGGGUGUAAAAAUCCACACACCCUGAGAGACGUAGCAGUGCCGACCUACCCCUGCAGUAGCCUGUGCUAGGUGGAUGGAAGAAUUCUUCCGUCAGCCUAGCUCUUGCCUCUCGGGAGGUGGAUGAACUUCAGUGACAGGAGAACCCCUGCCAUUGGUGGAGGUGGCCAUGCAACUGUGUCGUGGUAGCGGUUUAAGUGUAGACAUAUGCUCACUCAGCCUUUGCAUCAAACUGGAACGGGGUCUGAACCUGGACAGGGAGCGUAUAAUAAAAGCCCACAUCUCA